CGUCGUCUUCAGUCUUCUUCAGUAGCAAAACCACCUUCGGCUUCGUCUCUUCAAUGGCGGCCAUUUCUGUAAGUUCUUCACCAUCUCUUCGCUGCUUGAGAUCGGCAUGUUCCGAUUCUUCUCCUGCUCUCGUAUCCUCGACGCGUGUAUCGUUCCCGGCAAAGAUUUCAUAUCUCUCCGGUCAAUCUUCGAACCGUGGCGAAGAAAUGGGUAAGCGAAUGGAGGGAUUCAUUAGAAGCGUCGAUGGGAAGAUCUCUGACGCAUCUUUCUCUGAAGCUUCAUCUGCGACUCCGAAAUCGAAGGUGAGGAAGCACACAAUUUCAGUAUUUGUUGGAGACGAAAGCGGAAUGAUUAAUAGGAUUGCAGGAGUGUUUGCAAGGAGAGGAUACAAUAUUGAGAGUCUUGCUGUUGGUUUGAACAGAGACAAGGCUUUAUUCACCAUAGUUGUUUGUGGAACUGAAAGGGUACUUCAGCAGGUCAUCGAGCAACUUCAGAAGCUCGUUAAUGUUCUAAAGGUUGAAGAUAUCUCAAGUGAGCCGCAAGUGGAGCGUGAACUGAUGCUUGUAAAAGUGAAUGCGCAUCCAGAAUUCAGGGCAGAGAUCAUGUGGCUAGUUGACACAUUCAGAGCAAGAGUUGUGGAUAUCGCCGAACAUGCAUUGACUAUUGAGGUAACUGGAGAUCCUGGAAAAAUGAUUGCUGUAGAAAGAAAUUUGAGAAAGUUUCAGAUCAGAGAGAUUGUAAGGACAGGAAAGAUAGCACUGAGAAGGGAAAAGAUGGGUGCAACUGCUCCAUUUUGGCGAUUUUCAGCAGCAUCCUAUCCAGAUCUCAAGGAGCAAGCACCUGUUAGUGUUCUUCGAGGUAGCAAAAAAGGAGCCGUGGUCCCUCAAAAUGAAACAACAGCAGGGGGAGAUGUUUAUCCCGUUGAGCCAAAUUUUGACCCUAUGGUGCAUCGUGUUCUCGACGCUCACUGGGGACUUCUCACAGAUGAAGAUACGAGUGGGCUACGGUCGCAUACUCUAUCGUUGCUUGUAAAUGAUACUCCAGGAGUUCUUAAUAUUGUGACUGGUGUUUUCGCUCGAAGGGGAUACAAUAUUCAGAGCUUGGCUGUAGGACAUGCUGAAACCAAGGGCAUUUCACGCAUUACAACAGUUGUACCUGCAACAGAUGAAUCGAUCAGCAAAUUGGUGCAGCAACUUUAUAAACUCGUAGAUGUGCAUGAGGUCCAUGAUCUUACUCAUUUGCCAUUUGCUGAAAGAGAACUGAUGCUGAUUAAGAUUGCCGUGAACGCUGCUGCGAGAAGGGAUGUCCUGGACAUUGCUAGUAUUUUCAGGGCUAAAGCUGUUGACGUAUCAGAUCACACAAUUACUUUGCAGCUUACUGGGGAUCUAGACAAGAUGGUUGCACUGCAAAGGUUGUUGGAGCCCUAUGGUAUAUGCGAGGUUGCAAGAACUGGACGUGUGGCAUUGGCUCGUGAAUCGGGAGUGGACUCCAAGUAUCUUCGCGGAUACUCCUUUCCUUUAUCAGGUGAGAGGAGGAAGAAGAAUGAAUCACCAGGGAAAAGAGGAGACUCUUCUCUUCAUAUCGCUGCUCGAACCGGGAACUUAGGUAAGGUUAAAGAACUGAUUCGAGGUUGUGGUGAUGGCGGUGGAGAUGAGUUGAAAGAGUUGUUGUCAAAGCAGAAUCUUGAAGGAGAGACUCCUCUUUAUACUGCAGCAGAGAAUGGGCAUUCAAUUGUUGUUGAGGAGAUGUUGAAGCAUAUGGACCUUGAAACUGCUUCCAUCGCUGCUAGAAACGUGUUUGAUCCAUUCCAUGUCGCAGCCAAACAAGGCCAUCUCGAGGUGUUGAAGAUACUGUUGGAGGCAUUCCCUAAUUUGGCAAUGACAACGGAUUUAUCGUGUACAACUGCGUUACAUACGGCUGCAACACAAGGACAUAUUGAUGUGGUGAAUCUUCUUUUGGAGACAGACUCUAAUUUGGCUAAGAUUGCUAAGAACAAUGGUAAAACUGCGCUUCACUCUGCAGCAAGGAUGGGUCAUGUGGAAGUUGUUAAAUCUCUGAUAGGUAAUGACCCAAGCAUUGGAUUUAGAACCGAUAAAAAAGGGCAAACUGCUCUUCACAUGGCUGUAAAAGGUCAAAAUGAUGGGAUUGUUGUUGAGUUGGUGAAACCUGAUGUUGCGGUUUUGAGCGUUGAGGAUAACAAAGGAAAUACGCCAUUGCACAUUGCCACAAACAAGGGGCGUAUCAAGAUAGUACGGUGUUUGGUAUCUUUUGAAGGCAUUAACCUCAACCCUAUAAACAAAGUUGGAGAUACGCCACUCGAUAUCGCUGAGAAGAUAGGAAACGCAGAGCUUGUGUCAGUUCUGAAGGAAGCAGGAGCUGCUACUGCUAAGGAUCUCGGAAAGCCUCAGAACCCAGCUAAGCAACUGAAGCAAACAGUCAGCGACAUCAAACAUGAGGUACAAUCUCAGCUUCAGCAAUCCAGACAAACAGGUGUAAGAGUCCAGAAGAUAGCGAAAAGACUCAAGAAGCUACACAUAAGCGGUCUAAACAACGCUAUAAACUCAGCAACUGUUGUGGCUGUGCUUAUUGCCACAGUGGCCUUUGCAGCAAUCUUCACAAUACCCGGUCAGUACGAAGAGGACCGGUCGAAAGGAGAUUUGCUAGGACAAGCUCAUAUAGCAAACAAAGCACCAUUUCUGGUCUUCUUCAUAUUUGACAGCUUGGCACUGUUUAUAUCCUUAGCUGUUGUUGUGGUGCAGACUUCAGUUAUUGUGAUUGAGCAGAAGGCGAAGAAGAAGCUUGUGUUUGUGAUCAACAAGCUCAUGUGGUGUGCUUGUUUGUUCAUAUCCAUUGCCUUUGUUUCUCUCUCUUAUAUUGUUGUUGGCAAAAAGGAGAGGUGGUUGGCUGUAUGUGCGACUGUUAUCGGCAGCACGAUUAUGUUGACUACGAUAGGUGCAAUGUGCUAUUGUGUGGUCAUGCAUAGGAUGGAGGAAUCUAAACUGAGGAGCAUAAGGAAAGAGAGAAGCAAGUCUCAGUCUUUCUCUAUGUCUCGUAUGCCGUCUGAUUCAGAGAUUUUAAAUGGUGAAUACAAUAAGAGAAUGUAUGCCCUCUGAUUUGUAGAGAAUUUGGACCAUGAGAGAUCUCCGCAGAAUGUAAGAAUAACCAAUAUAUAUAUAUAUAUAUACUUGUAUUUUGAACCUGUAAGCCAUUGCUAUUUGAGCUUCUCGACUAGAAUAACAGAUCUGUAAUGAG